AUGUACGCGCAGGCAGAGCCUGUCCGGUCGCCUUUCUCCGGCCCAGGCAGUCGCCAAACCAGCGGACAUCCGCUCCAACCCCGUCCCGUCCGUCAGAGUGGUUCACGCGGGCGUGUCCGCCAUGAUCAUGACAAGCAGCGGGAAGACCAGGACACGUCUUCACACACGUACGAAGACGCCGAGGCCGUGAGAGGUCACGCAACGCACACAUCUGCAGACUGUGCGUAUCCGGGUGGAGUGAGCGGCCGCCGUGGUGUCUGUAGCUUCCUCCGCGCCCGCCGCAGCUGCCUAGCCGCCGGCAUCGCCGUGCUGUUGAGCUUGGCCGCCGUGGGACUCGCCCCUCUGACGUUCAGCAACAUACAGGAAAUAUCUCAACUGUCGACAACCGUGACGCACGACCAAGACAACCUGCGCCAGCUGAACGCCACUGUUGACGCUUUGAAGAGCGAUCAAGACAACCUGCGCCAACUAUCCGCCACUGUUGACGCUUUGAGGCGCGACCAAGACGCCUUGAAGGUCGACCAAGACAACCUGCGCCAACUGUUUGCCAUGGUUGACGCUUUGAAAAGCGAUCAUCAAGGCAACCUGCGCCUACUGUCCACCACUGUUAACGCCUUAAAACGCGACCAAGACGGCAUGUCCACUGCUGUUAACUACUUAAAACGCGACCUGGACAACGAGCGAAGCCGAACCACCACCUUGGAGCAGCGUCUUCGCGGGAUUGAGAAGACUUUGCGUUACACAAUUUGGCAUGGAAUCUGCUACAAGGCCUUCAACACACGCAAGUCUUUCAGCGAAGCGGCCGCGGCCUGUCGUGCAGACGGCGGCACCCUCGCCAUGCCCCGAGACGCUGACACCAGAUCCUUCCUCAUCUCCCUGUACAAGUCCGUAAGCGACCAUUCGUUCUUCUGGAUCGGCCUGCACGAUCAACGCGAAGAGGGAAGGUUUGAGUGGGUGGACCGUUCUGCACUUGGGCCGUACAGCUCCUGGGAUCUGGGACAACCGGACAACGGGCGAUCGGGCCGCUUGGGCAACGAAGAUUGUGUCCUUUACUCCUCAGGCCCACCCCAGCAAGACAAGUGGCACGACUAUGACUGUCCCAACCCGUUUAGCUUCAUAUGCCAGGCUGACCCAGGACGUGCACAGGCGACAAGCGGGAGUCUCACCACUACUGUGCAGCGGCUCUCCGACCAUCCGCAGUCAAACUAACUAGUAAAACUUAAGACCGGGAAUUACUGCAUUGUUUUAGAACAGCAUUUUCCCCCAAAUGUUCCUGCAAGUUUAAUCUACAAUGAAUCAGAAAUGCUGAAUGGAAUGAAGCAGUUCGUAAUCUAUAAAAUGGUAGUCACGCUUGUUUCCAUACGGAACAUUGUCUACUUAUUUAAACAAGGCACAAAAUGUCCUGAUGGCAGAAUGGUAUCAAGUUUACUUGAUGAAAAUGAGGGAAACAUCCAGAUGUAAGUUUUCCUGAAUAUUUGGAAAGUAGCAAGUUUAGGAAAGGUGAUUCUGUCUUAGAAGUAGACGCAGUGUCAAUAGAACAUUCAUAUUCUAUUGCUGUUAUUACUUUUACUAUUAUUGUUUCUUAUUACAAUACAAUGUAGAGAAAAACGAUG